UUCCAUCGGGGCCUCGCUCGAUCUUGAAACCCGAUAAGCCUUGUCUGGCUGGCGUUUGUGUACGUGGCAGUUAACAUCCGGGCGUUUCACGUGGCACAGUGAAUAAUACUACGUUGCAGAGCUGAUUCCUGAUUCAACCGCCGAGCAACAUGGAGGUCGUCUAUUACUGCAUGUAUUUUGGAUCUAUGAUUCUGAUGAUAAGUGACCUGUAUCAUGCAAAAGACGAGAGCGACGCCUUGGUCACCGACCUCGUGACCUUUGACAUCACUAUCGGCGACGUCGACGCCGGAAGUAUCGACAUCGGGCUUUUCCGCCAGGCUGCGCCACGUACGGUGGAAAACUUCGUGAAACUGGCGUCCGGCGACACAAAGGAGGGCUAUGGAUACACCGGCUCCCCUAUUCAUCGUGUGAUCGAGGACUUCAUGAUUCAAGGUGGUGACGUUGUACAUGGUAAUGGGUCCGGGGAAACCAGCAUCUACGGUGGCAGGUUCGACGACGAAGGAUUCGCCUUGGCCCACUACGGAGCUGGGUGGAUCAGCAUGGCAAACGCAGGUCCAAAUACGAACACGUGUCAGUUCUUCAUCACGGCCAAGAACACGUGGUGGCUGGACGAGAAGCACGUGGUGUUCGGGAAAGUCCUGCGCGGAAUGUGGGUCCUUAAGCAAAUUCUUGGCGUUGAAACAGACCAAAACGACAAACCGGUCCGUCUAGUUUUGAUCUCAAAAAGCACAGUCAGCAAACCCGACACGCCAUUCACAACCGCUAAGGUCGCAGCUGAUUGGAUGACGUAAAUUGCCCGGAUGUAAACUAGUUUGGUUCCAUAAUACGAACGCAUUUUUUUAACCGUUCGAAGAUCGGAUCCACGCCUGUAUUAAGUGUUUGGCCAGUCUAUAAAGUGUAUGGCGAGGAGAGGAGUUUACUCUGCGGUCACAUUAUUGCCAUGUGCAUCACUUCAAAUUUAACAUUUUAAAUAAAAGUGUGUUCAAAACAACCUUUGCAAUCAGGGUUACAUUAUAAUGUUCAGCAACUAGUCUUGCACAAAACGGCAACGUGAUGACCAUAAUUAUUUAUAUUAUAAUAACUAGUCGCAAGUUGGUGAAAACGAUAUGAAACAUUUACAUAUUUCUAUUUAUGUCCGUUGAAAAGGCAGCUUCUCUUUAGACACACCUCUACCAAACAUACUUGCAUUUAUUUACUAUAUGUUGAUUAUUGUUGUAUAAUUGAGCAUGUGCGUAAACUAACGUGCUAUAGUAAGUAAAAUAUGAAGCACGCAAACAACGGAACUAAGCUGACAUUCAAUUCUGUACCAGGUUAGUCGCGAUGUAGUGUUAUAACGUUUAACGAAUAGAAAUACUUAGUAUGUAUGUUAUUUUUCGGUCAUACAGUAAAGGACUUUUUAAUAGAUUUUCGUAUUUUUGAAACAUACCUUUAUAUGAAAUACAUGAAAUAUUCUUAAAUAAUUGUAAAAAAGAGAGAGUAAAAUUGUUAGCCUGCCAUAAGCGAGACCUGUAAAAGCAUUACCACAACACCAGUCAGAAUUUUGAAUUUUAAUGUAUACUAGUUUAAACCCAUAGGUCAGUAAUACACGUUGUUACUAAAUUAUCGAUGAAAAAGCGUUACACACGCAUAAUUGUUUUUUUCUGAUUUCGAUUGUGAUAAUCAUUAAAGGAAAUUAAAAGCUCGUGAUGAGCAUUCAAUUUAAUAUUUUUUCAUAUGUCAUGCGCAUUUGUCUUGCUUUCUGAACAUUUUUGUUGAAAUACGCUUUGGUAAUAAUUUUAAACUUGUUAUUGAUUAUUUUGAUAAUGAUUUUAACAUUGUUAUUAAAUAUAUUUUUACAUUAAAUAUAUUUGUUAUUUAAAAAUUUGGUAUAUUAAGACUGUAUAGUAUCUGAGCUAUAGCCCUGAAAAAUUCCAUAUCACCAAAAACAAAAAGGGCGAUAACUCUUGUUUAAGAAAGUGUAGGGUUACGGUUCUUGUGCAUGUUCAGGUUCCGCUUCCCCGCACGCGGACAUGUUUAACAUAAAGUUGGAAUAUCAAUAACCGUUGUCAACACAAUUUCGAUAAAUAGCAAACGCCGACAUCCGUUUUUCUGCAAAUGCGCUUUACACGGUUUCUAUUAGACAUCAAUUUACUGGAGGGGGGUGUCUGUCUGAGAACUUGGUCUUUUUAAAUUCUUUGUAAAGUUAAUAAAAAGUUGAAGACUC